AAUUUUCUUCGUGUAUCUCUUCUCUCUCUCUAUCUCUCGUCAGAAACAUCGUCCUCUGAAUCUGAAGAUGUCUGGUACUGCGAUAGUGUUAGGGGCAUCAAGCUCAUGGGCUCGGGCGUUAGUGAAGAUUUCGCCUUACACGUUUUCCGCCAUCGGUAUCGCCAUCUCCAUCGGUGUAUCUGUCCUCGGUGCUGCUUGGGGAAUUUACAUUACAGGAAGUAGUUUAAUUGGUGCUGCCAUUAAAGCCCCACGCAUUACCUCCAAAAAUCUCAUCAGUGUAAUUUUCUGUGAGGCGGUUGCUAUAUACGGAGUCAUUGUGGCAAUCAUUCUUCAAACAAAGCUCGAGAGUGUCCCACCAUCACAGACAUAUGCACCAGAAUCCCUCCGAGCAGGAUAUGCAAUUUUCGCCUCAGGAAUUAUUGUGGGAUUUGCAAACCUUGUUUGUGGUCUAUGUGUUGGGAUUAUUGGGAGCAGCUGUGCUUUAUCAGAUGCCCAAAACUCGUCGCUUUUUGUGAAGAUCCUCGUGAUAGAAAUAUUCGGAAGUGCACUUGGAUUGUUUGGCGUAAUCGUGGGGAUAAUAAUGUCUGCUCAAGCAACAUGGCCUACUAAGUAAGUAAGGUGUGAGAUUUCUUGUAUUUGUUAUUUUUAUUUCUACUGCUUUUCUAUCUUUAUAUAUUUCUCCCAUGUUGGUUUGUUCAAUUUAAAACACACUUUUGUGAACCAUCUGUAGCCAUAAGAUUUCCAUGUUAAUGGACAAAUAGUAUUUAUCAA